AUGCCGUCGGCGGGGCGGCUCGGGGGCGCCGCGGUGCUGCGGCUGCUGCUGGCGGCCCAGGCGGUGGCGGCGUUCGAGCCCGUCACCACGACCCUGGUCGUCGGGGGGGCGUUGUCGCUCCUCACCGGCUACCUGUACAAGAACCCGCCCUGCCGCUUCUCCGAGUGCUGCCUCGUCGAGCGGCCGUUCGACGCGGAGGCUCUCAAGCAAGACUUGGAGAAAAAGCUGUUUGGGCAGCAUCUGGCCUCUGAGGUGAUUCUCAAGGCACUGACAGGCUUCAAGAACAACAAAAACCCCAAGAAGGCGCUGACUCUUUCCUUACACGGCUGGACCGGCACCGGCAAGAAUUUUGUCAGCCAAAUUGUGGCCCAAAGUCUUCACCCCAAAGGCCUGAAGAGCAACUUUGUCCACCUGUUCAUACCGACGCUGCACUUCCCUCACGAGAACCAGAUAAGCCUAUACCAGGACCAGUUACAGAAGUGGAUCCGGGGCAACGUGAGCGCCUGUGCCAGCUCCGUGUUCAUAUUCGAUGAGAUGGACAAGUUGCACCCAGGGGUCAUCGACGCCAUCAAGCCGUUCCUCGACUACUACGAGCAGGUGGACGGCGUGUCUUACCGGAAGGCCAUCUUCAUCUUCCUCAGCAAUGCUGGGGGGGACCUCAUCACCAAAGCAGCCCUUGAUUAUUGGCGAGCAGGGAAAAAGAGGGAAGACCUUCAGCUGAAGGAUCUGGAAGCUAUGCUCUCUGUUGGCGUCUUCAAUAACAAGCACAGUGGCCUGUGGCACAGUGGAUUGAUACACAAAAACCUCAUCGAUUACUUUGUCCCCUUCCUGCCCCUGGAGUACAGACACGUUAAGAUGUGUGUGAGGGCGGAGAUGCAGGCCCGCGGCUCUGCUGUCGAUGAAGACGUGGUCUCCAGGGUGGCGAAUGAAAUGACGUUCUCCCCCAAGGAUGAGAAAGUCUACUCAGACAAGGGCUGCAAGACGGUGCAGUCACGGCUGGACUUUCACUGACCUCUGGUCCCAGAGGGGCAGCGCCCCGGGGGUUUGGCAUUCAGGGCCUGGUCUUCUGGAGAGACCUCUUGGGUUUGCACGUUUGCACCUGUGCACUUUCCGGAUAGAGAAGUUUCUAAGAAUGGGUUUUUGCCGAGCUGCUGAUCUGUCAAGUGCUCUUGUCAUUUUGCUACCCGCGAGCCAUCUGUCUGUCUUUGGCCCCCGAGGGCGAACUUCUCAACCCCUACACUUGCCAUUAGGGACCUCGCACAAGUGCCUGGAAGCCAGCCGUGGUGGGGACCUCGUGCUGUUUCUGGUCCCACAGCGCCCUGACCUCAGAAGCUGCUGUUAGAACUGAAGGAGCUCAGGCCCCGGCUGCAAUUUGGGAGUGAGACGCUCUCGCCUGCGAAGACAUCCUGCUGUUUGUCUUUGCAGACUGCUCACUGGAUUCAGGUACUCAGUUAAAUGCAACAGUACCUUCAGGUGCGGACAGCCUGGUGGGCCCUCUCGGCCCAGGUGAACCAUCGCACUUGGCGUGGGGCUUUCUGAGGCCCCCACAGCCCAACAGGACACCCAGGGGCGCGACAGCCCUGGUCCUUCACCCUUUCCCCGACGGUGUGCAUCCCAGCUCCCAGCUCCCUUCUCCGCUGGAGCCUCACUCUGGUGCUACUUCGGCGUCCCCACACGACAACGUCACUAGCGCUGAUUCGGGAGACUGUUGGCUCUGUAUCGGGGCCCUUGGCUCCCCUGGUGAGAGGCUUGCUGUAAUGUAUGCGCGGGCUGGCCGCUCACGUUACUCCACAGAACCAUUCGAAUCCACGGGAAACCCUCGUUCUCCACCCCCGACACCUGCCCAGACCCAGUGGUCGCUGCCAGAUGCUACGUUGCCAAAGAGGAAGGUCUGUGGGCUGCAAGCGCUCGCGUCUCCAAGGAUGUGUGUGUUUUUAUAAUGUUUUUACUUCUGAAUCUUAAAUAAUAGAAAUAUGGGCUGUUGCUAAUUUUAAAACAUGGGGACACUGGAAUGGGCUAGUCUUAAAUCGUUUGAGUGUUUAUUGUUCAAUGCUGAGCUCUGAGGUGGUGGCUGCCUGUGGGCUCCAUCUCUCAGUGACACUGCGUGGCAGCGCCAGGACUGGCCUCUGGGCGACAGUCCUGAGACUCUGGCCGGUGGCCAUGGCUCGGCGGCCUCCUGGUCGCAGGGCCCCUACGGGUGUGACUGGGAUGACGUGCAGCUGCUUGUGUAUGUGCUGCACUAGGAUGAGUCUUUUUGCUGUACGGAGCCUACAGAGCAAAGUGUGUGUUAUGCCUUAAGAGGACGGGGCUUUGUCUGCUAUAAAACGCCAAGGUGGAGGUGAAAUUUUUAGUGCACGCUCUCAAAUUGGAGCUAAACUACAUUUUUAAUAAGCUUCUGGUGUCCGAUCAGGAGAUGAGAUUUUCUGUUUACAAUGACGCAAUAACCCUAACACGUGUCGGCCACCUUUGGCCUGUCGUUGCCGGCUGUGACAUGCAAAGGCCUGGCUUGACCGCGGACCGGCCUCCCUGCCCGGUGAGAGGGAGAUAAGAGCUUGAAUUGACCGACUGAAUGUAAAAUGCCCCGUGAUGAUGAAUAAUAAAGUCCAUAUUUUAUGUGAGCUGGCCCUCGCGCACUUUUGCCCCCCCUGGAUUUUUGGUGACUCUGGGAAGCUGGCACGUGGGUAGAGGCUCUCCGGCACCUCGGGGGCGCUGGGCUCGCGAGCCUGGUGGUGCCCGCUGGCAGAUAAAACCAAUGUUUGUCCCACAGGCUGUUAUCCCCAAAGAAACACGACCUCAACUUAGAUGAUGGGUUAAACGUCUUCAUGAUUUAGGAACGAAAAUAUCAGGAAGAGCUGGUCUCCUUUCUAACCAGUGGAUUCUGAAGGAAUGUCAGAAGGAUACUGAGGCGCCGGGAAAGACUCGCUGCUGAUGUCCUGAGCUCCCGCAAGGCCAAGCUCAGGCCUGGAAACCCAAGCGCCAGGUCUUCCCGCCCAGACCUGAGGUGAACCAGCUCUCGGCUGCUCAGGCUUCACUUGGCCUCUUGUCUCUAGCCUGGGAGCUGGUCACAGACCUGCUCCUUCGUGGACUAAGCAUUAGCUGAAUGAAAAGCAACCCCUGCUAGACCAGAGGUCAGUCAGCCUGUUCACUAAAACUGGCCUCUUCUCUCUGAAUUGUAACACUAACCCUCUUCCCAGGCCUGAAGAUUAGCAAGCGCGUGUUCUGGAAGGUGCACUCUUUGCCAUCAUCCCACCCACUCCCCUCACUUCUCCAGGGGGACAAGUCCCCAGAGCUGCCCCCUCAUGUCCUUGCUCGGACCACUUCCAGCCAGGUUUCUGCUCUCCCCACACAGCCUAUGUACAAGGCCUGAACUUGCCAAUUCAGUCAGGGGACUUGUGUGUGCCCUACUGAGGGACCCCCAGGUGCUGGGGACGGCUGGGGACGUGGCAGCAGGUCAGGUCUGGCUCAACACGACAAUGGUCUGACAUCUGGGCUGGCCUGGGAGGUCUUAUAAAGGAGCCUCUCCACAGGCAGGGGAGCCAGGCUGCUGUGCCCCUGGGAGCGCUGUCUGGGCACGCACACUGCAGAGCCCCUCCUUUGUCAGUGUGAAGGCUUGUGCACGAGACCAGGCACCUGUGUCUCCUGCAGCAUCUGUCCUGCCUGGCGGCUCCGCUGGUUAUGUCUCCACUGAAACUCCACAGCUGGGUGCCCAGAGCCACGGACCCAGCAGGGCAGCAAGCAAGUGGCCAGCGCUCCGGGACCUGAGCCCCCCGUUAGCCCAUUUCACUCCAACAGGAUGGAACCUGCUGGCCCCUGAUUCAUGCCAUAAGCAGGCAAAGCCUACGAGGGUUUCCUCCUCUGAAACUGUCUUGACAAAUCUCACAUUUGCCUGUCAGGUGUAGCUGCCUGCAUUUAUAAAACACUGUUCUCGCAUCGUCGGGGAGGCAGUUCUGCUUCUCUGGGAGGUGUUAGGAGUGAUUAAAAUAUAACAAAAUCAAGUUUAAAAAAUAUCUGGCAAAACUCGCCAUCAACGUGGUGCCUUCAGGAACGGAACAGAGAAGGGCCUUGCGUGGCCUCGCUGAACUGGCCACCACAACCUGCGGACCCCUCAGUCGAGAAGGUGUUUCUGACAGCCGACCACAGUGUCACCAGAACAUUCCCGCGGUUCAAUGUCACUAGGAUGAAAGCCCCAGAAAGGCCACUUCAGGCUCCUCUGGCUGCCUGAGUGUGUCUGACGUACUUGUUUUAUUAUCUAAACACACCACUACCCGUGUCACGGCCUCCUGCAACAGCCCGGUCGCUGCUGCAGCCCCGGUCCCUCGGGAGGGGGUACCGCUAAGAACACACGCCUUUUGCAACACAGACGUUUCACAGGAACUUAAAAAAACACAAAGCCAACCACCUGAGAGUCAGAAGUUUCUCAUAAUAUUAAAAACCAUUUAAAAUAAAGUCAU